AUGGAACAGAAAACAAUUUUUCGUAAGUUAGGAUUUAUUUACGCCGUGUUCUGCUUCUUGGGCUCCACAUUUGGAGUAAUUGUGUUCUUCAAGCAACUGGUGGACCAUGAAUCUGUUUGUAGUGAAAUAUUCUGUGGAGGAAACGAAUUCAUGAUCGUUACCAGCAUCCACAUGCUCGUUUUUAUACUAUCGGCGAUAGUUUCGGUGUUUCUGAAACUAGGAAUCGAUGAGGCUGAACUCUCCUACAUUAACAUCCACAAGGCGUUUAUGCUAACGAGAAACCUCGUCCUAGUCGCACGAUGGUCAGUCGAAAGUGCCACCAUUAAAAUUGCGCAAAUACGUGAAAACAACUCUCCAGAUUUGGAAGAUUACCUAACAAAAGUAACUCUAUUACUUUUGUCCGUUUCCGUUAUAUUCGGAGUGGAGAUGUGGAUCACCAACGGUAUUCAGCGGUACACGCUCCAAAAACUUCAGUCAAGUUUUUGUCACCUGGCCCUCCUCCCGCCCCUUGCAAAUUGGCUUCAAAAAUCGGGGGGCAAAAAACUAAUUUGUAGGAUUAUCCUAGCCUAG